AUUCUCGCAGCUCUUGGUCUGAUCAAGGUGUGCGAUUUUAUCGAAAAUCAUACACGGUCAGCAAAAAGGCUCUUCCAGCGCAUCGCUUCUGCCUCUAUUGCCUUUCUUUUGCUGACUUGGCUCGUGGACUCAUUGCCAAGUGGCAUGGUCGGACUGUGCAUCCUGUCUCAAUUAGCACAUCUGUCUAUCCUUCGCUCCAGCCCGUCCUGGCCUUUUCAGCAUGGUGCAGUGGGGAACACAUCCGCCCGAGCCGCAACGGCCCGCGGCUUCUUUUCUUGCGGCUGGCUACGGCUGUGGCUCGCAUUCUCGCUCUCAUUCAUCGCGCACUUUUGCACAGCCCACUCCUUUUCGGCCCUGAAGCAAGAAUGGGUCGAUUACCACCGUCCUUUGAAUGCACACAAUCGACUGCCCGGAGGCCGGCUCGACUGGGAUUUUGAUCCCAGUCGCCGGCCACGCACGGAGGAGAAGACCGCCUCUGAGGUUGUCACGUUCUUCGCCCUUGGCGUCUGGUGCACCCCAUUACUCAUUUUCCUGGGGACAUGCACGGCUCAACUCGAGCUUCCGCUGGGAAACAGGCACGGAAGAUCUGCAUAUGAUGCAAUAGGAAGGUAACAGAGUGAAUCUCACUCAAACGUGUGCGACUGGAGCAUGUCCAAAUGUCUAUGUGCAUAUCGCAUGCCGUCUGCAUAGGUUGUCUUUCCGGGUGGACACCUUCGACUAAUUGGGGCAGGACCGAGUUUGAGUGAGAGACGACAUGGUUUCGGACGAAAGAUGUACUCUUCGACUUCUAGGAUCUCUCAUCCGAAUCGAUGGUCUUUCACAGACAACGUCGACCCAUUGGUUCAACGUACCGACCCAGAAAAGCCAGUGGAAAA